CAGUCUGUGAUUGCUAAACUGCUGAACAGUAUGUGCUGAUUUUGUAUCCUUUUUUCUUCAAACCAAAAGUAGUUGGAAAAUGAAAUUUGCACAGGGCAACAGAAGAAAAUUGUCUUGUAUAAACUCAUCUGUUCUCAGAUCCCAGUCAACCAUGAGGACUAUCUCCUGUCAGUCAACCCUUGUGGCUGUAGUUGUGGUUACACUCACUGUGGUGUCCUGUGCUGAAGCUAAAACUACACAGAAGCCAAAGUACCAGUACACUAAGAAGCCCAUCCCUCAGAUCACAGUGCACAGCCCUGUGACCACCAGCAUGCCCAAGCCGCUCAAGAUAGUGGCCAGUGCAAAUCCUGUGGAGCCCCACCUGCUGCCCACCACAGAGAGGACCACCUAUCCAAGUCAUGUGUUUCCUCAAUACUACCCUGAGAAUACGGAGCCCCCUGGUGUCGGCCUAGAGAACUACACCCUGGAUUACAAUGAGUGUUAUUUCAACUUCUGUGAGUGCUGUCCACCUGAGAGAGGUCCCAGGGGGCAGAAAGGAGAAAGAGGCCUGGAAGGACCACCAGGUGAAAGGGGCCUCGCAGGGGCAGCUGGUUUACCAGGACCACCAGGUGUGAGUGGUCCUAUGGGGUUAAAAGGAGACAAAGGGGAUAGAGGUGACCGAGGAAACAGUGGGACAGCAGGGCCACCAGGAGUCCCAGGGAAACCAGGACAAAAAGGUGAUGUUGGUUCAAAAGGUGAAAAAGGUGAAAUAGGGCUGCAAGGUUUCAAGGGUGAUAGUGGAGAAAAAGGGGAACCUGGCCAGAAUGGGACUGCUGGUGAGAAGGGGGAACCGGGAAAAGAGGGGCCAGCUGGACCUCCAGGAGUAGCUUUUGAGUUAGGUCCUAAGGGAGACAAGGGGGAUAAAGGGGAGUGUGGCACAUUUGGGGAAAGAGGACAGAAAGGUGAACGAGGGGAUCCUGGGUCUCCUGGCACCCCAGGAGGGAUGGGCAUUCCGGGAAUGAAUGGCAAGCAUGGCUCCCCAGGUCCCGUAGGCGUCCGAGGAGAUCCAGGAACACCUGGACCACAAGGAGAACCAGGGGUGAGAGGGCCUCAGGGACCACAAGGAAUAAGAGGGAUGCCUGGGCCAAAAGGGGACAGAGGUUACCCUGGGAUGAGAGGUGAGCGAGGCAUUCGUGGAUUCAAAGGGGCUAAAGGGUCAGCGAUUCCUCUGAAACGCUCAGCCUUCAGUGUAGGCAUCUCCCCAAGAAAGUCCUUCCCUCCCUCUGGCUUCCCGAUCCGCUUUGACAAAGUCUUCUACAACGAAGAGAAUCACUUCAACGUCACUUCCAACAGCUUCACUUGUGUCCAUGCUGGCGUUUAUGUCUUCUCCUUCCACAUCACUGUGCGCAAUCAGCCACUGCGAGCCACGCUGGUAGUGAACGGUUCACGACGGGUAAGGACACGGGACUCUCUGUACGGUCAAGACAUCGACCAGGCGUCCACUCUGGUGGUGCUGAGGCUGGCGGUGGGUGAUCAGGUGUGGAUGGAGACGCUCAGAGACUGGAAUGGGGCAUAUGCCAGCAGUGAGGAUGACAGCAUCUUCUCUGGGUUUCUGCUUUACUCAGAUAAGCCCUGAUACUCGAGAGUGAUGCUGACACUCUUCUUCUGCUGUACUGUUCCAACUUGACCAUAUCAGAGAGAAGACCAAAUGCUGGUGGUGCUACAUUACUAUACUCACUACUUAUGACCUGCUCAAAGGCUGUACUGUACACUAAUCUGGAUAUGUGAGGACUGGCAAUAACAAGAUCAUGUUCAUUGCAUCAUCACGUUAUUUGCAUAAGUGAUGAUGCAAUGAACAAAAAAAAAAAAAAAAAAAGAAAAUGAAAAAUGAAAAAAAAAAAAAUCAAAAAUAAAAUACAGAUUGGCAAAUUAUGUAAUGGUCAAAGAAUAAAUAAAAAAGAAAGCAAAAACAAUAGAGCUCCAAGUAAGAUAAUUUAUAAUGAACAUAUGAUUAUUAACCUGGUGUUAAUGUACAUGUAUGACUACUACUACUACUACUACUAUAAACUACUACUACUAAAUAUGCCAGCAGUGAGGAGGACAGGUUUUUUCUUUCAUUUUAAUUCAACUGUAAACCCUGCAGUGUUCCUAAAUAAUAUGCUCAGUUUUUACUCCUUUAAACCCAUAAAUUGUAAGUAUUUAUUGAUAGUCUACUUUCAGUCAGGCUCUCUGUUAAACACAGUGACCCCAUGUUACCCCUGCCUCACUCAAAAAAGCCCAGAAAAGCUUGUUUGACCUCUCAUUCCAUAUUAUCCAUGUCUUCCUCUUUCGCUAUUUCUUUCUCACACUUUGACCGCUCAUUCUUUUCUAGCUGACCUAGUCUUUCCAACUGAGACGUAGAAAUAAAUCACAUAUAUACAGAGAAUACCACCGUGACCUAUAGCUGUAUUAUUUGUAAUGUAAAUCUGGCAAGAACGUCCUUACCUUUCUGCAUU